GUGCUCAUGAGACGCAGUCAUUUCCUGCAAAACACCGCACAUAGAGCAGCUACAGCCGGCUGCUGGGAGAGAGAAGCUGGAUGUCUGCAUACUCUGAUUUCCUUCUAUACGCUCUGCUUUGUUACCGAGACACAAAAUGCUUUCCCUGGAGGAAGUGAAGCAAAGCUUAGAGAGUGCCGGACAGUCUCAUGUCCUGCAGUUUUUGCCGGAGCUGUGUGAGGAGGACAGGGACAGUUUCCUACAGGAACUGUCUCAACUGGAUCUCAAGGGACUGAAGGAUCACUGUGAAGGGGCUGCGAAGGCUGCAGCCUCCCCCUCUGCCAGUCUGGACCAACACUUAGAGCCGGUCCCUCCACAGGUCAUCGGCAGCGUGAAGAAAAGUGACAGGAACUCUCUUACAGCGUGGGAAAACGAAGGGCUGUUGAAAAUCUCAGAGAAUCGCGUUGGAGUCCUGCUCUUGGCUGGUGGUCAGGGGACCCGUCUUGGUGUUCAGUAUCCCAAAGGGAUGUAUAAUGUUGGGCUACCAAGCAACAAAACCUUGUAUCAGAUCCAGGCAGAGCGCAUUUAUAAAAUCCAGGAGCUGGCAGAUGCGAAACAUGGCUCAAAAUGCACAGUUCCAUGGUACAUAAUGACCAGUGAGUUCACUCUGGCUCCCACUGAGAAGUUCUUCAAGAAGAACAACUGCUUUGGUCUGAAGCCAUCAGACAUCAUUAUGUUUGAGCAAAGGAUGAUCCCAGCAGUGACCUUUGAUGGAAAGGUCAUCCUGCAGGGUAAAGGAAAGAUAGCCAUGGCCCCAGAUGGUAAUGGUGGUCUGUACCAGGCGUUGGUAGACAAUAAGGUGCUGGAAGACAUGAAGAAGAGAGGGGUGGAGUACCUGCAUGUGUACUGUGUGGACAACAUCCUGGUCAAGAUGGCUGACCCUGUGUUCAUUGGGUUCUGUGUGAGCAAAGGGGCUGACUGUGGAGCCAAGGUGGUGGAGAAGGCGUACCCUGCGGAACCAGUGGGUGUGGUUUGCAGAGUACAAGGCAUCUCCCAGGUGGUGGAAUACAGUGAGAUGCAACAAGAGACAGCUGAACUCAGAGGGCCUGGAGGAGAGUUGGUCUACAGUGCUGGAAAUAUCUGUAAUCACUUCUUUACCAGGGCGUUCCUGCAGGAUGUAGCAGAGAACUUUCAAGGCCAACUGAAACAACAUGUUGCAAUCAAGAAAGUGCCCUUUGUGGACACAUAUGGCAAUCAAGUCAAACCCACCAAACCCAAUGGCAUAAAGAUGGAGAAAUUUGUUUUUGAUGUCUUUCCAUUCUCAAGGAAAUUUGUUGCUUUUGAAGUUUUGAGAGAGGAUGAGUUUUCCCCUCUGAAAAAUGCCGAUGGGGCAGCCACAGACAGCCCGACCACGGCCAGGAACUCUUUGAUGGCUCAACACUGCCGCUGGGUGCUGGCUGCUGGAGCCAAGCUGCUGGAUGAACAUGGGAAUGUCCUUCCCCCUAAAGCUGGUAUAUCAGCAGCAGACAAUUCUCCAGCUCAGUGUGAGAUUUCACCACUGGUCUCCUACUUUGGAGAGGGCCUGGAGCCUCUGCUGAGAGGGAGGACACUGCCAACUCCAUUCAUUCUGGAUGAAAAACUGGCCAAGGAGCUGCAGGCUCUGUAACAUUUCUCUGAUCAACAGAGUACUGUGUGAUUGGCAGCAGACAUUUCAGUAUGGCUAAGUACAGCAUGGAGAAGAAGUUCUUGAUGGAAGUGUUUGGAUAGUUUCAGCCAAAGAAUUAAUUUUGGAACUGUUGUGUGGUGAUAAUCAUAUCAAAGUGUCAUUUCCUGCAUCUAGUGUUGUAAUUGUCACAUUUCUAAGAACCGCAAAUCAUGUGAUGUGAUCAUCUUAAAACAAAUAAGGGACUAGCAAAAAGCUAUGGGAAUUUAUAUUAAUAUUGUUUUAUUUUACAUCUAUCAAAAAAUAAAAUCAAAAUACCUCA